AUGCGUUUGGAGAAGUGCUAUUUCUGCUCGUCGACCUGCUACCCCGGUCACGGCACCAUGUUCGUCCGCAACGACUCCAAGACCUUCCGCUUCUGCAGAUCAAAAUGCCACAAGAACUUCAAGAUGAAGCGCAACCCCCGUAAGGUCCGCUGGACCAAGGCCUUCCGCAAGUCUGCUGGCAAGGAGAUGACCAUCGACUCGACGUUCCAGUUCGAGAAGCGCCGCAACAUUCCAGUCAGAUACGACCGCGACUUGAUGGCGACGACGAUCAGGGCUUUGAAGAGAUCGCAGGAGAUCAAGGCCAAGCGCGAGCGUGUGUUUUACAAGAACAGGAUGUCGGGCAACAAGUUGCGCCAGAGGACCGAGAACCAGGCUCUUAUCCAGAAGCACAUCCAUCUGGUCGACACCCCCGCCAUCAAGAACCUGCCCCAGGUCCAGAAGGUUGCACAAAAGACCAAGCUCAUGGACGUCGACAUGUCCUAA